AUGCCGUUUACCAGAGUUCGGUUUCCGAUAGUUAAUACCCAUGUUGUCAAUAAAUUGGGACUCUUAUCAGUUGACAGUAUACGUGACCUAGGUUUCAUAUUUACACCUUCCCUAUCUCCACGUUCACACAUCAAUAAUGUUACAUGCAAAGCGUAUAAACUACUGGGAUUUAUUAGGAGAGUUUCAAGUGAAUUUAAGUUUACCGGUUCACUUAAAUCCCUGUACUGCGCCCUCGUCAGAACGAUUCUUGAGUACGGUUCGGUGGUUUGGGAUCCCUACUGUACUGAUUUGUGUCGGCAACUUGAAGACGUCCAAAGGAAGUUCCUAAAUUAUGCCAGUUAUGUUUUAAAUAUACCCUGUCCACCUCACGAUUAUUCUCCAGUCCAAACUCAAAUUAUCUUCUUUAGCAUACCGUCGUUACUCUCACAAUAUUUUCUUCUUAACAUAAAUUAUCUAUUCCGCCAUUGA